UUGUAAAUAUUUUAAAAUUUAUGGAUUUAAAAGAUUACACAACUGAAAAGCCAAAUUAUUUUCAUGGUUCAAGAAUGUAUACAUUGUCAUUAGCAAUUGAUCAAGCAGAUUAUGUUACAUUUGUUUCAUAUACAAUGGCUAAAGAAAUGGUGGAAGGACUGAUGGAUUUCUAUCUUAAAGAAUUGAUUAUGCCUAGUAUACUGGAAUGUGCUAGAACAGGAGAUUGGAUUGGCAUAACUAGUGGCAUUGAUCUUAUAAGUUUUAAUCCAUUUAAUGAUAUAUUAUUAAUUGAAACCAAUUCAAACUUUCCAAAAAACAUUAAUACAUUCAAUCCAAAUACCCUUGUUCAUGGAAAUAUUGAAGAACAUUAUAACGACCUGGUAAUUUAUUCAAAAUAUAGUGCAAAAAAACAUUUGAUUAGAGAAGGUCUUUUGAGAGAAGAAGAUUUGAAUCGUGUGAUUGUGUUGUUUGUAG